AUGAAGACAUUCCUCCGAGGACAAGACUUGUGGCAAUAUGUAGAAGAAAACCGUAAACCAACUCAGUUGAGACCAAAUCCCACUCAGAAUCAGAUCAGGAUACAUGAAGAAGAAGCUGCCAAGGCUCCGAGAACCUUGUCUCACAUCCAUGCAGCCAUAACUGACCUUGUAUUUACAAGGAUUAUGGCGUGUGAAACACCAAAAGAAGCGUGGGAUAAGUUGAGGAGUUUAGAGGAAGUGACACAACAAGAGGUAUUGGAGAGCCUACUCGAGAGGUUUGAGACCAAGAUUUCUUCACUUGAGGACUCUGAAGAUUUGUCAGAGAUCACACUCAUUAAACUGGUGCAUGUUCUACAAGCUCAAGAGCAAAGGAGGUUGCUGAGACAAGAGGAUUCAAGUAAGGGUGCAAUGGUGGCAAGCUUUAAAGGCAAAGUUGUUCAGGGAGAAAGCAAGAGGUUUGCUGGAGAUAAGAAAGGGAAGGAGAAAACCAGUAAUCAAUGGAACAAAUCAGGUGAAAUAAAGGAGUAUUCACCAUGCUCUCACUGCAAGAAAAAGGGCCAUUCCGAGAAGAAGUACUGGUUCAGACCAAAUAAUCAAUAUAGAGCAUGUAAGCAAUUUGGCCACAUUGAAAGGGUUUGCAAAAACAAGCCAAACCAACCACCACAGCAAGCCCAAAUUGUUAAAGAUCAGCGGCAAAAUCCAGAAUCUGAGCAGCUAUUUGUGCCAUCCUAUAGUACAGCUCAGCAAAAUGGAGUUAGUGAGAGGAAGAAUAGGAUUGUUAUGGAGAUGGCAAGAAUUAAGAGAUGUAAGUUGGAUGACAAAGCCAUGAUAGGAAUUUUCAUUAGCUAUAGUAGUCAAUCCAAAGCAUACAGUGUUUAUGUUCCAAAGACCAAUAAAAUACACAUCACAAGGGAUGUUAAAAUUGAUGAGAAUGGAGUCUGGAAUUGGGAGGAAAACAAAAUUAACGAAGACUCAAGAUCACAUCCGAAAAAACUUGUAGUGAAUCAAGAUGAUGAAGAAGAGAGGGCUGAAUCAGAUGACGAUGUUCCCAUUAGAGGUACUAGACCUCUGACAGAAAUUUGUGAAAGAUGUAAUGCUAUCAUACUUGAGCCUACAAACUACACUGAGGCUGCAAAGUCAAACACUCGGAGGGAUGCAAUGAAGGAGGAGUUAAACAUGAUUGAGAAGAAUAAUACCUGGGAAUAUGUGGACAAACCAGCAAAUAGAAAGGUGAUUCAGGUUAAAUGGAUUUACAAGAGGAAAUUGAAUCCAGAUGGAUCAGUUCACAUGCACAAAGCAAGGCUGGUUGUCAAGGCAUUUGCACAACAUUUUGGAGUGGACUUUUCGGACACAUUUGCACCAGUGGCCAGGCAUGAUACAAUCAGGCUUCUCCUUGCUCUAGCUGCCCAAUUUGAAUGGAGAAUUUGUCCGUUAGAUGUUAAGUCUACGUUCUUGAAUGGUUGGCUUAAUGAAGAAAUCUAUGUAGAGUAG